AUGUCGCGAUUUGGCGCAAAGAAGGGCAGAAAGCUGCCCGGCUCAGAAUUUACAUGGGAUGGCACAGAUGCGAACGGAGAGGCAGACACAGCACCUACGCCCUUAUUUCCUAAAUACAACAUCCCACAGCCACGGCCCCUAAGCGCCCGCGAAAAAACUCAAGUCGACCUCUACCGCACCCUCCGCGAACGCUUCCAUGACGGGCCCUACUAUUCGAUUCUCGGUGUCUCUGCAGGGGCGGCAGGGUACACGGGUAGCUCCAAGGCUAAUUUCGACCCGUUCAAUGGCAUGCAAAGUUAUUCCGGGAAGUACCAAAAGAAGAAAAGACUUGUGCCGAAGAUACAGGGGAGGCCAUAUGUCAUGAAAUUCUUCCCUCGCGAACUCUGGACGACCAUCCAACCGAACUACAAGCCCGACGGCAUCUUAGACGGCUACGUCCCGCAGACACUACAGACUGGAACAAAACGUGGGUUCGAAGAAGACGAUGAAGAUGAGGACUCUGCAAAGCGCCGACGAGAAGACGGUGAGGAGGGCGAGGAUUUGGAGAACAACGGUCUCCUGGAAGACGAGGAAGAUCAGGAGGGCGAGGAGGAGAUUGAGGACGAUGACUUUGAGGAUGACGAUGAUGAGAUGGGAGGCGACUACAACGCAGAGCAAUACUUUGACGGCGGUGACGACGAAUAUGGAGAUGAUGGGUUUGGCGAUGGAGGGGGCGGUGGCGACGAGGACACCUAUUAA